GCGUUGCUCAACUCCGUGUGCAAGAACCUGCCCCUGCCAGACCUCUGUCCUGGCGAAGAAGUGCAACUGGUCAAAGCACCGGCGGGACUGGAAAAACUCCAAGGUUACAGGGGCAUUUGUACACGAGCAGACGGUGACAAGGUUGACUUUGGCUUCAUGGAUGGGCCGAUGCAGGGAAAAGUGAUUGCUGUUCCACGCUCGUCAGUGGAGCGUUUGGAGCCCAUGGACGAGGAGAGCAUGCAGACUUGCAGUGACGGCACCUGCGGCCAAGGUUGCAGCACGAGCACGAGCAAGGGCUGCCAACAGGCGGAGGAUGGUAGUUGCAACGGAGGCAAGUGCAAACCAGGAAUGGGCUGCGAAGCUGGCUACAACUCAGGCACCGAGUGCGAUCCAAGCGCCUGCGAUCGGGCCGAGUGCAAGAUUGACUCGUCCUUUGUCAGUCAAGCUCUGGACCUGGUUAGCGUGAAGGUGGCAUCUAUGGACUCUGAGCAUGAAGAGUGCGCCAUAGCCUUGCGACGCCUUGUUGAGACAAGGUCCCGAGAGGUGCUGGAGGAGGUUCUUAGAUGCUUGUCGGACCAUUUCGCUCACGAGGAAGCUUUGUUCGAAGAGCACGGUUUUGGGGUGCAUGUGAAUGAGAAGUUGUCUGCAAAGACGAGCCACGCCAACGAGCAUCGCCGGCUGCUUGACAAGGUUCGCAAGCAGCUGUCCCGUGGUCCAUCUGUUCCAGCCACUUUUGUGCGAGAGCUUCUGCAGGAAUUCCACGAGCACACGACACUGUAUGACGUGCAGUAUGCAGACUUCUUGGCGAGCAAGGGCGCCAAAUAG